AUGCAAUCGGAUGAAACCCUAAUCAGCAAACUCGGAGACGAUCAUCUCUCAGCCCCUCCGGUGGGUUACUGUCUUCGCUCUCGCCGUCUCAGUUGUUUCAAAGCUCUCUCACCGGCGACCGAGUUCCGCAGCUUCCCAGCUCUGGACCUAUUUCGUCGUUUCCCGUCGGCCCCCAGGACAAAACGACGCCGCGGAAUCAAAUUGAAAGGAAGUCCGAUCAGCAAACUGGAAGACGAUGAUCUCCUUCUGGAAAUUCUGAUUCGCCUCCCGGACCCUAUAACCGCCUGGCGUUGCAAACCCGUCUGCAAACGGUGGAACUCACUCGUUUCCACCAGCUACUUCAAGCGCCGUUUCGUUUCUCACCACCAGAGCAAGGUCAGGAACGCAGUAGAAGUGCCCUUGGACCUAUCAUCCCUUUUGAGCUCCAUCUCUCUGCCUGAUGAAAUUAGGCCUUUUUGCAGGAUUUUAGAUUGCUUCCAGGAUUUGGUGUUGUGCGGGUGGCUGUGGGAGGAGAAGUACAUUAAUGACGAGCUUGCCAGAUUAUACUUGGUCUGCAAUUGGUUUACCAAGCAAUGGAUCGCCCUUCCUUUGGCUCCUGAAAUGAGAGGUGUUCGUGUGGGAAUGGUUGCAAGGUUAGUUUGUGAGCCCUUCAGUAAGAAUUCCGAUGAUAAUAACCUUGACACAGGAGAUGGCCAAGUAUUUGGUCUUUCUUCAGUGGUGCUUUUGCUAUGUCGAGAAGUUCUAAUAUUGCGGUCUCAAAAGGAGCUUUGUAUCUAG